AUGGUGAAGGGUGUAAUCAAGCCCAUCGAGAAUGAGGAAACCCGCCAGAUAUGCUUCACCAAGCGUCGCCAAAGCCUGUUCAAUAAGGCUAGUGAGCUCUCCAUUUUGUGUGGAGCAAUGGUUAGCUCUGUUGUCUUCUCAACCGCCGGUACGCCAUUUUCUUUUGGGCAUCCAUCCAUUGAUGAUGUUGCAAACCGAUUCCUCAACUAUUCGGCUACUUCUGAUGGUCCUGCUUCGGGUGGUGAAAGCAAUGAUAACAGCUGGGCUGUAACGGAUACUAUACAUGGGCUGAAUAUAGAGUACUCAAAGCUGCAACAGUCUCUGAACUCUGAAAAAAAGAAGAAAGAGAUGUUGCUAGAGGCUACUCAGAAGGAAAUGGGUGGACGUAUGAUGCAGUUGUUGAACACUAAUGUCUCGGAAUUAAGUCUAGAUGAGCUGCAAGAGUUUCAGAAGUAUUUGGAAGCCAUACAUGGUGUUGUCGAAGAGAAGGACAAUAACAAGCUUGAAACGAGCCAAACUCAAGGGUUAGUGCCACAGCCACCUAUGGAGACAGCUCCAGACCUGCAGUACCAGUUUGGUGAUGAGCACAUCAGUGCCAAUCCUAUGGUGUCCACAGCUCCUAGUUCGAGCAAUAAUGAAUUCAUUGAUGGAUUAUUUGAAGUCAACGAUCCCAUGCUUAAUGGUGAUCUCUAUGAUGUUUGUGGCCUGAGGAAUUUCCCCGACAACCAGAAUCAUGGUUGA